AUGGCGCUCCCAUGGAGCAUCCGUUGCCUUGUCAUUCUCACUCCAUGCAUUCGAGCUGCUAGGCCAGCUGCUCGGCCUUGGUUAGGGCUGAAGAGCAAAUCUUGUGAAGAUUUCGGGGCAACUGUCUACAUGUAUGGUCAUUGCUUUUGCCCAAAGGAAAAGAUGGCGACCACUGAUUGCGGAAAUGACGGAGUGGUAAACUUCAAGUUGGAGUCAGCAGCGACUGGCUGUGAGUGCAUUGAUAUGCCACACCCGUGGCCAUGUCCAUCAGGUGAUUUAUUAUACAUUUCCAAACCCAAAAAGGGCAGCAAAGUGCUCUGCGUGUGCCUGGAUGGGUAUGUGGCCAGCCCUGCAUGCAGAGCACCUGGGCUCCAGCAAGUGCACAUCAAAGCAAAAGAGCCACCUGGUUGUGAAUGCAUUCGUAAAAAUGAAUUUGCACUGGAAGAGAAGAUUCCAGUGGACGUGGCGGCCCUGCAAUUUUGUGAGGCCACAGUAGAUGCUGCGCGAUUCCAGCUCUUGGACAGCGGGUAUGAACACGAUCACAUACCAGGGGCGGUUCAAAAAAGCAUUGCCUAUACGCACGCCUGGCUCAAGCAGAUGCUGCCAGUCCAUGUGUGCCAGCAAGCGCUCAGUGCCUCCAAGGUGAGUAUCACUGACUCAAGUAGCUUGGGUUUUGGGCGCAUGGCACCACUGGUGGCAAAGGCAAAUUCCGCAGAUCGAAAUGCUUGGGAACACGCAUUGACACGGGUAUGCCAUGAUGAAUGCGAGCAGCUUGUCCGAGAAACCUUGGAGAAUUUCCAUGACAUAGCAAUGAAGGACCCUGAGAAAGGCAUUUCAUUUACCCGCUCGUGCGCAUCGAAAGUUGUUCAGAAGGUCGAAGCAGAAACCCUUGGCUGCUGUAGCCGCGUGUGCGGGUGGAACAACGUCACCUGCAUGUCGUGGCCAUUCUUGUCUCCGAACCAGAAGAUCCAGUGGGAAGCGCAAUGCUGCUCGGAAUGGAAUGUGCUCAAGGGUUCCAGUCGGCAAAGGAUGUGCGAUUCUGUGCUUUCUCCUGCAGAUGCGGCCAAGGUUUCCAAGAAUGACGUCACUGAGCCUCCUGAUGUUGACACAGAUGCAGUGAUUGUUGGGCAAGACUCCUUCCUCUUCUGGACCGAUGCUGGCGUGAAAUCCGACUUGGCGAAGGAUUAUGCUUCCAUGGAUGGACCUCCACAGGUGGGAGAACCUGUCGACAUGAUUUUGAUGCACCAGAAGCAUCUUCGGAAGAAGGGUUUGGAUCAGGGUUGGUUUGAGGAAAAAAAUCCCGGUGAUGAGUCUCUUUUGCAGAUGGGUGAAGGUUCGUGCGAGCCUCCGCCAGACAUGGUCAGUUGCACUGAGACCUUCAAGAAGUGGUACCGGAGCACGUGCACUCAAGAAACAGGUUGGAACUACAAAAACAAGGCUCAUAAUCAAGCCUUGAAGUGCAAAUUCUCAAUGCCGGCUGAGAUUGAGAAGACUCCAUUGGCCUGCAAAAAGAAGUUUGGCAAAGAGAAACGGGUGGCAAACUACUUCGAGUUCAAGCCGGACGAUCAGAAUGUCGUAUGCCAAAAGGUGGAGUCGUGCAAGUUUCUCGACAAGAAUCAUUUUGCUAAGAUCGGUGACAAAGAGGGUGCAGAGGAGAGGAUGAAUUUCGAACAGAUUGGCCGGCCCGGUGUCAAUUCCACCAUGCAUAUCACAUCGGACAAAUUCAAACAGCCAGCUGCUCGGCCUUGGUUAGGGCUGAAGAGCAAAUCUUGUGAAGAUUUCGGGGCAACUGUCUACAUGUAUGGUCAUUGCUUUUGCCCAAAGGAAAAGAUGGCGACCACUGAUUGCGGAAAUGACGGAGUGGUAAACUUCAAGUUGGAGUCAGCAGCGACUGGCUGUGAGUGCAUUGAUAUGCCACACCCGUGGCCAUGUCCAUCAGGUGAUUUAUUAUACAUUUCCAAACCCAAAAAGGGCAGCAAAGUGCUCUGCGUGUGCCUGGAUGGGUAUGUGGCCAGCCCUGCAUGCAGAGCACCUGGGCUCCAGCAAGUGCACAUCAAAGCAAAAGAGCCACCUGGUUGUGAAUGCAUUCGUAAAAAUGAAUUUGCACUGGAAGAGAAGAUUCCAGUGGACGUGGCGGCCCUGCAAUUUUGUGAGGCCACAGUAGAUGCUGCGCGAUUCCAGCUCUUGGACAGCGGGUAUGAACACGAUCACAUACCAGGGGCGGUUCAAAAAAGCAUUGCCUAUACGCACGCCUGGCUCAAGCAGAUGCUGCCAGUCCAUGUGUGCCAGCAAGCGCUCAGUGCCUCCAAGGUGAGUAUCACUGACUCAAGUAGCUUGGGUUUUGGGCGCAUGGCACCACUGGUGGCAAAGGCAAAUUCCGCAGAUCGAAAUGCUUGGGAACACGCAUUGACACGGGUAUGCCAUGAUGAAUGCGAGCAGCUUGUCCGAGAAACCUUGGAGAAUUUCCAUGACAUAGCAAUGAAGGACCCUGAGAAAGGCAUUUCAUUUACCCGCUCGUGCGCAUCGAAAGUUGUUCAGAAGGUCGAAGCAGAAACCCUUGGCUGCUGUAGCCGCGUGUGCGGGUGGAACAACGUCACCUGCAUGUCGUGGCCAUUCUUGUCUCCGAACCAGAAGAUCCAGUGGGAAGCGCAAUGCUGCUCGGAAUGGAAUGUGCUCAAGGGUUCCAGUCGGCAAAGGAUGUGCGAUUCUGUGCUUUCUCCUGCAGAUGCGGCCAAGGUUUCCAAGAAUGACGUCACUGAGCCUCCUGAUGUUGACACAGAUGCAGUGAUUGUUGGGCAAGACUCCUUCCUCUUCUGGACCGAUGCUGGCGUGAAAUCCGACUUGGCGAAGGAUUAUGCUUCCAUGGAUGGACCUCCACAGGUGGGAGAACCUGUCGACAUGUUGAUUUUGAUGCACCAGAAGCAUCUUCGGAAGAAGGGUUUGGAUCAGGGUUGGUUUGAGGAAAAAAUUCCCGGUGAUGAGUCUCUUUUGCAGAUGGGUGAAGGUUCGUGCGAGCCUCCGCCAGACAUGGUCAGUUGCACUGAGACCUUCAAGAAGUGGUACCGGAGCACGUGCACUCAAGAAACAGGUUGGAACUACAAAAACAAGGCUCAUAAUCAAGCCUUGAAGUGCAAAUUCUCAAUGCCGGCUGAGAUUGAGAAGACUCCAUUGGCCUGCAAAAAGAAGUUUGGCAAAGAGAAACGGGUGGCAAACUACUUCGAGUUCAAGCCGGACGAUCAGAAUGUCGUAUGCCAAAAGGUGGAGUCGUGCAAGUUUCUCGACAAGAAUCAUUUUGCUAAGAUCGGUGACAAAGAGGGUGCAGAGGAGAGGAUGAAUUUCGAACAGAUUGGUUUCUGGCAUUUUGUGCCCUAG